AGUUAAUCAUCAUCAGAAACUUUAGUGCACUCAAACUGAACAGCUCACCUGUUUCAUUUAGCUUAUUACCAGUUAUAAUUCACAUUUGAAAUGUUACAGAAAGGCUUUUAUCUGGUUUGGCUUCUGUUAUUAUUUGGGUUGAGCAACAGUGGAGCGCUGAAGGACCCUCAUCCAGAGCUUUCUGAUCAGGACCUUUUCUGGGGAGCUGACCAGUAUGACUUUUCCAUCAUGCUGCGUGCUGGAGACCUCCAGUGCUACUGGCACUUUGCUCACUUCGGCGAGCACUUCUACUUAAACUUCAUGGUCCAGCUGGUGACCGGUGUGGCUCUGGACCGACAUCUCUCUGUGAUUGUUAAUGCUCCGAGCGGUUUAAUAGUCGGCAAAGUUGACGAUGCAAGUGGUCAGAUUGCCUUCAGUGUUAAGGAGACUGGUUUUUAUCAGAUGUGCUUCAGUAAUUUCCACAAUCGCUUCGGGAGCAUGCAGGUUUCCCUGAACUUUGGUGUGUAUUAUGAGGGACAAAAGGAAGAAGAGAAGAAAAAGAAAGAAGAGGAUAUGAAACAGAUAAAUAGUACACUGUCCUUCAUUGAGGAAAGCAGCAGCAGGCUGCAGAGGUUUGUCUUCCACAUGUGGCGUCAUUAUAACUACGAGCGAAUGAGACGUGGCACCGAUUUCUACCUGCUUCAGUCCAACUCCACUUAUGUGAACAUCUGGUCUGCUGUCCAGAGUCUGCUCAUCAUCACAGCUGGAUACCUGCAGCUCUACUGCCUCAAGAGACUCUUUAACACCAAACCAGCAGAUGGAGAUAAACCCCGCUGUUAACAUCGACACCAGACCAGCAGAGGGAGACAAACCCACUGUUAACAUCAACACUACACCAGCAGAGGGAGACAAACCCCACCGUUAACAUCAACAAUACACCAGCAGAGGGAGACAAACCCUGCUGUUAACAUCGACACUACACCAGCAGAGGGAGAUAAACCCCUCGGUUAACAUCGACACUACACCAGCAGAGGGAGACAAAACCCGCUGUUAACAUCGACACUACACCAGCAGAGGGAGACAAACCCCGCUGUUAACAUCGACACUACACCAGCAGAGGGAGACAAACCCCGCCGUUAACAUAGACACUACACCAGCAGAGGGAGACAAAACCCGCUGUUAACAUCAACACUACACCAGCAGAGGGAGACAAACCCCGCUGUUAACAUCAACACUACACCAGCAGAGGGAGACAAACCCCGCUGUUAACAUCGACACUACACCAGCAGAGGGGGACAAACCCCCUGUUAACAUCAACACUACACCAGCAGAGAGAGACAAACCCCGCUGUUAACAUCAACACUACACCAGCAGAGGGAGACAAACCCCGCUGUUAACAUCAACACUACACCAGCAGAGGGAGACAUACCCACUGUUAACAUCAACACUACACCAGCAGAGGGAGACAAACCCCGCUGUUAACAUCAACACUACACCAGCAGAGAGAGACAAACCCCGCUGUUAACAUCAACACUACACCAGCAGAGGGAGACAAACCCACUGUUAACAUCAACACUACACCAGCAGAGGGAGACAAACCCACUGUUAACAUCAACACUACACCAGCAGAGGGAGACAAACCCCGCUGUUAACAUAGACACUACACCAGCAGAGGGAGACAAACCCACUGUUAACAUCGACACUACACCAGCAGAGGGAGACAAACCCCGCUGUUAACAUCAACACUACACCAGCAGAGGGAGACAAACCCCGCUGUUAACAUAGACACUACACCAGCAGAGGGAGACAAACCCACUGUUAACAUCGACACUACACCAGCAGAGGGAGAUAAACACCGCUGUUAACAUCAACACUACACCAGCAGAGGGAGACAAACCCCGCCGUUAACAUCAACACUACACCAGCAGAGGGAGACAAACCCACUGUUAACAUCGACACUACACCAGCAGAGGGAGACUUUUUUUUUUACCAAGAAAUGCAUUUAUUAAGAUGCGGAACACCGUAUCUCUCUUUAUGACCACAUCAAACAGGAGAAUUUUAAAAAGCGCACUUCAGCUUCACCUCAGCAUCAGGCGUGAGUCAAACGAGCGCGGAAAAGCUACAGCAGCCAAAUCAACUUAAGUAGAACAACUGCGAACUUCAGUCUUAUGAAAUGUUAUUAGACUAGCCUUUAUGUCAGUAAAACACACUUUCCUAAGGAGCCCCUCUGGUCCCACUUUGUCAAAAAAAAAAAAAAAAAACUAACUCGUGGCCUCAAGAUAAGUUAAC